ACUACAAAAUCUUUUCUAACAAAAAUCAAAUCAUUGCAUUUAAAAAACAAAUCAGACAUUUUCUCUCAAAGAAAGAAAGAUAAACAAAUCAGAAAUGUGAAAAUAAAAACAAAACCCCCCCAUAAAUCUUUCCUUAUAAAAAAAAAAAACAAAAAUUCAAAACUCCGAUUCGUAACGCUUCCAUUUUGCUUUGCAUUUCAAUUCCUCAAAAUUCUUUUUUUUUUUUGGUUAUUUUGUUAGGGUUUCUAGCUUUUCUUUGAUUCUUCUUGUUUUGUUUUCUCCCCAAAGAAUGACAACGUUGCCGCCGUCUCUAUCUCCUUCUCGUUCCCAGACCACUUGCGCUUCUCUCCUUCAAGAAUUACAGAUAAUAUGGGAUGAAAUAGGAGAAAGUGAUGGAGAAAGAGAUAAGAUGCUGUUGGAAUUGGAGCAAGAAUGCUUGAAUAUUUAUAGAAGAAAAGUUGAAAUGACAAGAAAGUGCAAGGCCGAUUUGCAGAACUCAUUGGCUCAAUUUGAAUCCGAAAUCGCCAAAAUCGUCUCCUCCCUCGGCGAGCAUUCCUUCUCCUUCUCAAGGGGAAAGGGCACUCUCAAGCAACAAAUAUCUUAUAUAAGACCUGUUUUGGAGGAGUUGAGGUCGAAGACGAAGCAAAGAGUGAAGGAAUUUACUGAAACACAAUCACAGAUUGUAAAGAUAUGUGCAGAAAUAGCUGGCAAUGGUCAGUCUAUGAUGUCUUCUGAUCCACAAGUAGAUGAGCGUGAUUUGACAGUCAAGAAACUAGGGGAGCUUAAGUCUCAUCUACAGGAGCUUCAGAAUGAGAAGAUUAUCAGGCUACAGAAAGUUGACAGCCACAUUAGUAUGAUUCAUGAGUUGUCAGUAGUGAUGUCCUUUGAUUUCUUGAAGACAGUUAGUGGCAUUCAUUCGAGCCUGAUUGAUCCUGCAAAUGGUCAAUCAAAGAGCAUCAGCAAUGAUACUCUUGCUAAAUUGACAGGUGUGGUUAAUUCACUGCAGCAAGAGAAGCAAAAAAGGUUACAAAAGCUUCAAUGUCUUGGGAGCACUUUGAUAGAACUAUGGGAUCUCCUUGACACACCACCUGAUGAGAGAAAGAGAUUUGAGCAUGUUUCUUCCUUGAUUUCUUCGUCAGUUGAUGAGGUCUUGAGACAAGGAUCCCUUGGUCUAGAUAUCAUUGAGCAGAUUGAGCUUCAAGUUCAAAGUUUGAAUGUGCUGAAGGCUAGUAAAAUGAAAGAGUUGGUAUUGAAGAGGCAAAAUGAACUUGAGGAGAUCUAUAGAGGAGUUCAUAUUGACGUAAACAGUGAUGCAGCACGGCAGAUUCUUAUCAACCUCAUAGAAUCUGAUAAUGUUGAUCUGUCCAAUCUACUUUCAAGCAUGGAUGAUCAGAUUGCAAAAGCCAAACAGGAAGCUUUAAGCCGGAAGGAUAUUUUGGACAAGGUAGAUAAAUGGAAACAUGCAUCUGAGGAGGAAAAAUGGCUUGAUGACUAUGAAAAGGAUGAGAACCGGUAUAGUGCAGGAAGAGGAGUGCACAAAAAUCUGAAACGUGCAGAGAAAGCUCGCAUUCUAGUUAGCAAAUUGCCAUCUAUUGUUGAACAUUUGACUGCAAAAUUAAAAGCUUGGGAGCUUGAGAAAGGAAUCCCUUUUCUGUAUGACAAGGCUUCACUCUUAGAUAUGUUGGAGGAGUAUACCGUGUUACGCCAGGCAAGAGAGGAUGAAAAGCGUAGAUCUCGGGAGCAAAAACGGCUGCAAGAACAAUUUGCAGCAGAACAAGAGGCACUCUUUGGCUCAAGACCAAAAAAGCCGUUGGCUCAGACCAAUGCCAUGGUUGGAACACCAACCUCUCGCCGUGUUUCUACUCCAUCAGGUAAGCAUGGUGUUUCAAACUUAAAGGAACGUAGAGAAACCGGUAGGGUUAACAAUGUAAUCCCAGUAAAUUUCGUUGCCCUCCCUAAGGAUGAUCCCAUGUCUCGGGGCAAUUAGGACUGCCUUUGCCUUUGCCUUAAUCCUGGUUUUAGGACACCCCUCGUAAAUGAUUCACAACAGAACUUGGAACUCUUUCUCCCAGUCAUUUUCUUACAUUUUUUACUUGAGAUUAGGGAUGGGUUUUUUUUUUCUCUAUUGUAUGACAUGAAAGAUACUUUUAUAUAGAUAUAUGAUAAUCUGUGCAUGUGUUAUAUA